AUGGUGAAAUCAGUAGCAAAAAUGGGCUCAGACAUUAUGGUACCACAACUGACACGUGAUACAGCAACAAAAAGGGUGUUGCUGAGCCAUGAGAUAAUUCAGGCCCAUCCAGAAAUGCAGCUGUAUAUUGGGCUAGAUGUUGAUCCCAUUGCACAUGAGCAGGCUCAAUCUCGAAUCAAUGCUGUAGUGCGUGGUGAUCCUUGUGAUUCAUCUUCAGGUUUGAAAGCUCAUGUCUUCUUGAAGAACUUCAGAGAUAUUGAGUUUGUAUUGCCAGAAGUCGAUGAGAAACUAUUGAUCUAUGGGGUUGACGGGAUCUUGAUGGACCUGGGAAUGUCCUCCAUGCAGGUAAAUAAUGCUGAAAGAGGAUUCAGUGUACUUUGUGAUGGACCUCUGGAUAUGAGGAUGAAUCCACAGUCAUUCUUGGUCGAUAUUCAAAUGAAGAUGGAUGGGCCCCAGUCCCAUGUAAGAUAG